AUGACCGUGUGCAUUCUGGGCAGAGAAAACCCCAAGAACAAGAGGAAAGCUCGCAGGAGCCCAGUGCUUUCCCGGAGUAACGGGCACGACACGAGCCGGCCGUUCCUGCGGGCUGACGUCUGCCUUCUGUCCCACGACGGUCUCUUCUGUGUUUCUAUCGCACACGUUCCUGAGACACCUAGUUGCACCGGGAACGAGUGCUUGGCGAGCACUGAAAACCGACACUCCGUUUUUGACUUCUCCCUGGGUGGGGUGGGGGGCUCCAAGGGCUGGAUUGGGUGGGGCUUCAGAGGCGGCUCCAAGGUGUGGGGCGGGGCCACAGGUGGGCUGGGACAAAGGGACCCCAAGUCCCUGCAGCUCGUGGGCGUGGGCGUCCUUAGGGCCUCUCCGCCUGCCGCCCUGCAGACCCAGAGCCCGAAGGUCGGUGCGACUCUGUCCCGCUUGGUUCCCCUGGCUGCACGUGGGAGCUGCUGCCCCUUUCCCGCAGUCACAGGAUGCACUUCCAAAAAACCAUCAGCUGGUUUGAGGAACAAGAUUUAUUACUCACAAUUCCUGGAGGAUACACGGAACACCCAAGGACCACCCAGUGAGAGAGAUCACAGGUUUCUAGUACGAAUAACUGGGCGGACAGAGUUCCUUUCCUGCACCGGGGGAUGCUGGACAAAGGCGCAGGAUUGGCGGAAGAGUCAUGAGUUCACGGUUGUUGUCACAGAUGACAUGGACGGCAAACCUAGACUGGAGAAAGACUCGGUGUGUGCUGUGCUGGAGGUUUUAGGGAGUGUGGAGAGGAAGAAUGCACUCUCGAAAUGGCCUAUCGACGUCUUGCUUUCUGCUGCCCGGCUUGGAGUGCCACUGCCAGCAACCUUUCCCAAAACUGCCCUGUGUCCAGUCCUCCUGCCCCAGAUGCCCCACACCCGCCCACACCAGCCUCUUCCUUGUCCUGGCCCGACAGCCUGGAUGUGGGCUCCUGGGCCUGACCCCUGCUCUCCCUGCCCGUGUGGACCCUCAGCGUCUUCUACUAAAGCUCUCUGUAGCCCACACCUGCAGUUUGGAAGCUGGUGUCUGAAGGAACCCCUUACGUUUAAGAAAUCUGCUCUCNACUGCCCUGUGUCCAGUCCUCCUGCCCCAGAUGCCCCACACCCGCCCACACCAGCCUCUUCCUUGUCCUGGCCCGACAGCCUGGAUGUGGGCUCCUGGGCCUGA